UCCUUUCCACACUACUUUUAGCAAAUUAAAUAGGAGUUUUUACUUUUAUGAAAUGAUAGUGAAAAGUGUUGAAUAAUCUGCCGGUAAAAUUAAAGAGCAAAAAUGUCGGCUGAAUGGAGAUGCGUUCGUCGCAAUCAGGACGAGUGCAGACGUUAUUUGGAUCAGUUUAAAGUUUUCGAUCAUCCUUUGAAGCAGUCAACCAUCACCGUACUGGAAAGUAAAGGAACCCGUAUGAAAGUCGUCAAUAAUAUGAACGAAACUAACAGCGGCACGUCUUCAACGAUUUCACUGGACCCGCUUAGUUUGGCACUAGAUGGCGAAGAUCCUCUCAGUCAGUUCGCUCGACAGGACUCAGCACAAGAUCCACUGUCGCAGAUGGCUGCCGAAUUUGAGGGUGUAUUAAAUGUCAGUUCCAAUAAAAUGUCCCAUAAGAAAACGAGAGAGGUGAAUAAUUUGCUUGAUAUGGAUCUGAUUGAACCGUGGGCAAGUCGCAGAGUUGCUAUUCUCAACAAGUAUACGACCAACGAAAAGCUCUCCAUUGUAACCAGCUUCCUGAACGGAGGCGAAACUAUCAAAUCCCAAACAACAAUGUCCGAGAAGGUAAAGCACCGUUUGGAGCAACUGGACGAAUUCGAGGAAGGUACUGUCCGGCAGAUGCUCGAUCUGUCCCAGCAGGAAUACGUGCUGAAAAUCGAGCAAUUGAACCACGAGCUGGUUCAAGCUUGGAACACCGAUCAACGGGUGAAGGCCCUGAAGAUUGCAAUCCAGUGCUCGAAGCUGCUGGCGGAUACCUCGGUGAUACAGUUCUAUCCAUCCAAAUUUGUGCUUAUUACCGACAUCUUGGACAUUUUUGGCAAGUUGGUUUAUGAUCGGUUGCUUGUCAAAGGAGAAUCGUCUACGGCGGAUGGAAGCAGCAAGACGUCGACACUGCCGGACGAUUUUACUCCCGAUAUGGUACCGGAAUCGGCCAGGGAAACGUGCCAGAAUUGGUUUUAUAAGAUUGCGUCUAUUCGAGAGUUGCUUCCCAGGUUGUAUGUUGAAAUGGCUAUUUUGAAAAGUUAUCGGUUUAUUACGGCAAAAGAGUUUAAAUCGACACUUAUGCGGUUAACGCAUAUGAUACGAGGUGUUGGCGAUCCGUUAGUGGCAAUUUACGCCCGCUGCUACCUUUGCCGGGUGGGAAUGGCCGUUACAACCGAUAGAGAAUAUCUUAAAGAAAACUUGAACGAUAUACUAUUGAUUUAUCACACCGUUUUCAACGGUGGAAUACGGUCUGAAAUAGCGAAACAAAGAAUCACACUCAAUGGGUAUAUUUCUUUGUUCUUACCGGCGCUGGAUUGGAUCAUACAGGGAGCUACCAUUUUGAGUACGGAUUCCGAACUGGACGACAUCCUGCGCAGGUGUUACGACCGGAAAAAUCCGGCUCUCCUCAUGCAAUCCAUAUUGCAAUCGUUUAGGGCCGAUUAUAUAGCACUGCGUGCGGUACAGUUCGUGGAAAUACUAUCGUCCAUUUCGGUCGAGGGACUAUCGCGAGGACAGCUGCUGCGAAUGCUCGGUAGCAUCCUGAGCAACACGUCGCCGCCUGCGGAGCAACGGGCGCUGGCUCUGAAUUCUGCCUGGCGAAGCGUAAGCUCGAUGGCCAACGCGGAAGAGUACAUUCAGUGUGCGGAAAUGUGGUCGCAAUUCACCAGUCAACAUUUCGGGCUUCGAGAGAUAAAUGCACUGAUGGGUGACAUCCUGUACCACAUGACGCCGAAUCGUUCCUACGAGCGGCACUAUCACGAGUUGCAAGUGAUUGUAGAGAAGAUAGUCUCCAAUUCUCAAGAUAUACAUGGUGUGCUAGCACUGGAAAAUUUCCUUCCAAUGUUGGAUCUGUUUCAAAAAGAAUCCAUUAAAUUGGACGUGGGAAAGAGUAUUCUCACAAGCUAUCGAUCGGCUUCAGGAGAACUUUGCAUUAGCGAUCCGGUUGUUACUAACGCACUGAUGUACAUCAGUAAGGUGCUAAAUGAUUCCGUAAACGCUCUUACUAGCGAGGACGAAUGUCGACAAAUCAGCGGUCUUAUCAGUCAUUUCAUUCGGAAAGUCGAUUUUGGACGCGACUUCGAGCAGCAGCUCUCGUUCUAUGUUGAAGCACGGGCUGCAUUUUCCAAUCUGGACUCGGUAUAUUCCACGCUGAUUCACUGCGUCAAUCGGCUAGCGACCAGUACGAGACGCAUCGUAAAAGGACAGCACACGGGAAAGACGGCAGCAUUUGUGAAAGCCUGCGCCGCCUAUUGCUUCAUCACGAUCCCAUCCAUCAUUGACGUUAGUACUAGAAUGGAGCUAUAUUUGCAAUCGGGCCAAGUAGCUCUGCUGAAUGUCUGUCUACAGCAGGCGGAUUCCUGUUUCGAAGCUGCCUUGAAUUUGAUUCCGGAAAUACCGCGAACUUUCGAGCAGGACGGAAAAGCUCAAUCUACUGAACCAUUCCUCAAAUCAUUCCUCGUCAAUUUCCUAUCCACACUGGUUAUCGUGCCAGAUAAUCCUACUCAAGGUGUUCUGUAUUUGCUGCGUUUACUACUGGAAGUAAUUAAAAAGUACCCGUUCGACUCCAGCUCCAACACUCUUGCUUCAGUGUAUCUCCACGUGUUGGAUUUUCUUUCGGUAGCGGCACAGGAGGUCUAUCCGUACCACAUCGUAAACGUCAUAUCCAACGAUGAACUGUACGGUUCCGAUCCGAAGUUUCUAGCCGAGGUGCACAGUCUAGGUUGCGAAGUUUGCGAUGAGUUGCUGCAGAUUUUGAAACAGCUUCUCGAGAGUGGCAAUUUACGCCAGCAAUCACAACUUGCGCUGGAACUGUUUCUUAAGAUAAUAACCGGAGCGGAUCUCACCGUCGAUCGCAUGUUUACCCUCACCUACAACCUGUGGAAUCUGGCGGCCAAACAUAGGAACACGCUGGAUGCGAAACAGCUGCAACAAAUAUUUUCCUACACCGAACAUCUCGCAGAGGUUACACAGCUCGAAUCACAGAAACGAUGUCUCCAGCUGCUGCUGGAGAAGAUGAAAUCACGCAUGUAAUAAUGUAUCCAACUACGUACUACUCACUAUUCAUCUAUUUACUGCAAACAAUAUUUCAUUUGAUGUGAUCAAAUAUCAAAGCGAAUUAGUGCCCUAUUUUUAGCAAUAAAAAG